UAAAAUGGCGUAAUCAAAGUAAACAUUAGACGUCGCUUCUACAGAAAUACAAAGAUUAUAAAAAAUCGAAUGCGCAAGGAUGAUUGUCCGAAAAAAGAUCGGGCCACGUACCCUGGGCGAUCUGCUGUCGAUGGUCUUCGUGCUGAUCAUAGUGCCUCUGAUGUACUGGUUCGGAUUGUGGAUAGUGCUACCGGCGUUGUACAGAAACGAUAUAUUGCCGUACUCCGUCCACUUCGUCCUCGGUAAUUUCAUCAUGUUGAAUAUCGUAGGUAAUUUCACGUAUACGGUGCUCUGCGACACCAGCACCAAGAGGUGCAUCGUGCCGGUGAGCACGGCAAGGGCCGCGGACGGCUGGAGGCUGUGCGUCAUCUGCGAGGGUCUAUCACCGCCGAGGUCCUGGCACUGCAACACCUGCGACGUCUGCAUCCUUAAACGGGACCAUCACUGCGUGUUCACCGGCUGCUGCGUGGGCCAUCACAAUCACCGAUACUUCGUCAUGUUCCUGUGGUAUCUGUUCCUCGGUGCGGCGUACGCCUUCUUCUACGGCAGCUUCUUCAUCUGGAGCAGAACCGCCUUCGAGUUCCCGAUGUCCAUCGUCAAGAUGAUUUUCCCUGUAGCAAUCUUCUUCUUUGGCUUUGACAGUUCCAUCGAUCAGUUCUACCUGUUGCUGUACGUCGUGUCAUUAGUGGGUACUUUGUACACCGGAGUGCUGUGCAUUUAUCACUUUAAUUUGAUUCUCAGAGGUGUCGUGGGUAAUGAGAGCAAUAAAAAGAUUACGUACGAUAUGGGUUGGAAGGACAAUGUUAGAGAGGUAUUUGGUGAACGAUGGUAUCUGGCAUGGCUGCUUCCUUAUAUUAAAUCGCAGUUACCUCACGAUGGGGUUUCGUGGCAUAACUUGUGUUCAAAGAAAGAUUGAAUUGUUAUAAGAUUCUUGAUAAAAUUGUGUUUGAACAGAAUGUGUUGAUAUACAGGCAUUUAUCGAAGAUACUUUAAUGAUAUUAAGAUGGUGAAAAUUAAUUCAACAAUCGAACAAAUCACUUUUUUAACCAAAAAUUAAAGUUACCAGUUAGCUUACUAUAUUUUAUACUGUAUAUAUUAUAUAUAUU